AUGCAAUCACUAUUGCUGUUGAUAAUAUUGUGUUGCUGGUUAGCUGCCUCUGAAGCAUUCACCAGCAAUGUUCCACUUUCAACGUUUUCCACAAAACUGACAGCCGAAGAAAGCGACAACAACGAGAAUGAUGAAAACCCGCCACCAAGUGACGAAAACGACGACGACAACACAGGGGAGAUUGCCCGGGCGACUGUCAAGAUUGAUGAUGGCGGUUCUGACCUUACUGAUAGAUUCAAAUAUAAAGUCAAUGCAUUGAUGGGAGUAUUUGAUCCUCAAAAUGGUGAGGACGACGAGCGACAGGAAGGCAACAUCCUCAAUGCCAUGCUCAAUUUUCCAGUCCGAUACACGUUCAACAUUGUUGGAAAGACCAUGGGUGAUGAAGCCAAGAAAGAGGCAUAUAUAGAUGCUGUAAAACAAGCUGUGGUGGCAACGGCUGGUGACGAUAUUGUAUGCAAAAUAACCCCAAGGGGAAAGAAUUUUGUUAAGGUUCAGUGUGAAGCUGAAGUUCUGAAUGCAGGAAUGAUCAACACAAUCUAUGACGAAAUAGAAAAGAUAGAUCAGACAGUAAUGAGGUUUUAG